GCAGCAGCUCUGGCGCAAUGUUUCAGGGCUUCACGGGAUUACUUAUUCACUGUGUUCCUGGAACAGCUCCAGGCUUCCUGUCUCUGCCUCCAGCGUACAAAUUCAUCAAGUAUCUACGAGGUUUACAGUCUUCAGAGGCAAAAGGAAACAGUAGGAAGGGGAUUCAUAUUGCAAAUCACACUGUCUCUGAAGGACCUGCAGGCUCUGGAAACACGGAACUGAUAUCCUUCCUUCUACCUCGCUAAUGCUUAAUCAGGGUAACUAAGGCAGCAGACUCAAUCUGGAUGGAUUUCAUUGCCGGGGCCAUUGGAGGUGGUCUAAGCACAGCCGUGGGUUACCCUCUGGACACAGUGAAGGUGAGAAUUCAGACUGAGAGGCAUUACAAUGGGAUUUGGCACUGCAUUCAGGAAACAUAUAGAACAGAAAAAGUUCGGGGAUUUUACAAAGGUGUGUCUGCAUCAGUCCUCACAGUGUCAUUGAUUUCUUCUGUUUCAUUUGGCACGUACAGAAACUUCCUUUGCACCAUCUGCAAGCUGCGAUAUGGGGCUGCAGAUGCAAAGCCAUCCAAGCUGGAUAUUUCUCUUGCUGGAGGUGGUGCCGGUGCUGUCAGGGCUGUGUUCACAGCUCCUAGUGAAGUGGCUAAGGUUCGCAUGCAAACUCAGAGGAAUCCACAUCCUUCCCUCACAUCUACCCAGUCUGAUUCCAGGCCAAAGUACCGAGGGUCUUUGCACUGUCUGAAGGUGAUCACUGAGGAGGAAGGUUUUGGAGGUCUCUACAAGGGUUGCUCUGCAUUACUCUGCAGGGAUUGCUUUUCUUCUGCAAUGUAUUUCCUCACUUAUUCUGCUUUGUGUGACUGGCUCACACCAGCUGGGCAAAAUAAACCAGGUUUCCUCAUUGUGCUGCUUUCUGGUGGUUUUGCUGGAGUCAUGGCCUGGGGAUUAGGUACUCCCUUGGACGUCAUCAAAUCGCGGAUGCAAACUGAUGAAUCAGACCAGCACAAGUACAAAGGCCUCAUCCACUGUGCUAAGGAAAGUGUGAGGAAGGAGGGUGCAAAAGUGCUUUUCAAAGGACUGGGUUUAAACUGCAUUCGUGCCUUUCCUGUGAACAUGGUGGUAUUUGUAACAUACGAAGGUGUACUGAGAUUUACAGAUCAUUAUAUGAACAAAAAAUAGUUUGUGCCAUUCUGUUCAGAGGUGUAUUGUGUUUAGUUUGUUUCUUGUAAUGCAACAUCCACAAACAGUUGAAUGCUGUCUCCUUUGAUGGACAGUGUAAGAAGCACAGACAUUUCAGCACAAAGCUGGAUGAGUGUAGGCUUUGUUUAUUCUUACAGGAUUACAAAUUAAUCAGGGACUCCUGGAGUUACAUACAACCUUCCUUUUCUCUCAUGAAUAUAUUGAGAAUGUAGUCACUGAACAGGCCCUUGAAAUAUUUGCCCAUAUUUAUGUUUGAGAAAGCUGGUAUUCUAAUCAGAGAUUUUUGUAAAGGAUAAACUUUAUUUUCUACUGGCAUUAAAAAACAAUCUUCACAACCAAGGCAAGAGCUGGGGGGGGUUUGUGUAAAAUGUAACAUUACCCAGCAUGUGGUUUUUACACGCAAUGCUUGCAUUGCAUUCACUAAGUAAUUACAUAUCUGUGCUUCAGGCUGCAACUUUCCUUCCCAGCUGCAAUUUUCCCACAGUACUCUAUAAUCCUUUGGUAGCAGCUGAAGUACAAAUCUCCUUGUUUUUUCCUGCCAUUAUUUAAUGAAAGCCAGGCUUGGUCUGUUUACAUAACUGUUCUAAUGACUGAACUGAAAGCGAAACCAGGCACAGGUUCUCAUAAACCAUGUGAUUUUUUUCCAGUGCAACCCUGUCCCUACAGUACCUGUCCCCUCCUGGAGUCUGAUGCACAGCAGCUCUCUGGAGCUUGGCACAGCUUUGGAGGCAGUAUUUUUCACAAUCAUAUAACCUUUCAGCAACGUGUCAACUGAAAAAAAAUAGCAUCUAUGCUAUUGCUUCAGAAAGGAAACCCCUAAACCCAGAAAUACUUUAAUUUGCUCAUCCCACCUCAGGAGCAGCAUGUAUAUUUUCUGUCUCUGGUUUAAUCCCUGCAUGAUGACAUCUGGAGCAGACUGGUUCCAGGCUGUCAGAUUCUGAUGAAGGUGCAUUUUUUUGAGGGAAAGAGAGGAAGACUUUGCUUUUAAAGGAGUUCUCACAUU